CAUUAGAACGAUUCCGGCAUCAUUCGUUGGGCGGGCACGCGUGCGCGAGCCCACCGGGCGCCACCACCUCAACCCCACCUUGCUCCCCACCUCUUACUCAUAUUGCUCCCCAGCUGCGCAACGCCGACGCCGGCCACGGUACUCUCUCUUUCUCUCCCUUCUAAUUCGCUCCCCUGAAUCCCCUGGCGGAGUCGCCCUCUCCUCUUCCCACGACGUGCCGCUCCGAUCCCACCUCGCCCUCGAGAUCCCAAAAUCUCGCGCCCUAAUCCAUCUUUCUCCUCUCGAUCCGACCAAGAAAAGCAAAGAAAACCUUUGCCGAUUGCUCCCACCAUUCCAGGCCUCCACACCCUCUUCCGAUUGAUCGAUCAACUUCUUCCCUAAGUGGAGAGGGGGUAAAACAAAUCUCUCUUCUGUGCGGAAGUUUUGUUAUCCUGGUUGUUUCCGUCCAACGAACCAUCUUUCUCUCGUUAUUGGGGUUGGGGGACAGCGAGGAUCGGGGUCGGGUUGGAUGGAAGAUGGCCGAACCUCCUCUCGCUCUCGCUCAUGUGAAAGAGAAUAAGGUGUGGAAAUGUGCGUUUGCUGUGGUCGGGAUCAUGAGUACACUCGUCAUAUAUGGGGUCCUUCAGUUUCAGCUAAGUCUCCUAAUCAUUGUCUAAAGCUGGCAACUUAUUGGAUAGGAUGCCCCUUGUUCACUUUAAAUCAUUUUCUCCUGCAGGAGAAGAUCAUGAGGGUCCCGUAUGGUGAAAACAAAGAAUAUUUUAAAUACUCACUCUUUCUUGUUUUUUGCAACCGUAUUUUGACAUCUGCAGUAUCUGGAGCCAUAAUGCUGGCAAGUAAAAAAUCCUUGGAUCCUGCUGCUCCAAUCUAUAAAUACUGUGGAGUAUCAAUAUCUAACAUAUUGACCACAACAUGCCAAUAUGAGGCCCUGAAAUAUGUAAGCUUCCCAGUCCAGACACUUGCAAAAUGUGCAAAAAUGAUACCUGUGAUGGUUUGGAGUACGCUUAUAAUGCAGAAGAGAUACAAUGGGAAAGAUUAUUUGUUUGCUGUGCUAGUGACAGUUGGCUGUUCAUUAUUCAUUCUAUAUCCGGCAUCAACUGACAUUAGUCCGUACAAUACAGAAAGAGAAAGCACUGUUUGGGGAGUUUUGCUUAUGAUUGGUUAUCUUGGAUUUGAUGGCUUUACGAGCACAUUCCAAGACAAACUUUUUAAGGGUUACGACAUGGAAAUCCAUAACCAAAUAUUCUACACAACUACGUGUUCUUGUCUUUUAAGUUUAACUGGACUUAUUGUACAGGGUCAUCUUAUUUCAGCGGUAGAUUUUAUGUUUCGUCAUCAAGAUUGCUUCUAUGAUGUUGCAAUUCUGUCCACUGUAGCAACAGCCAGUCAAUUCUUUAUUUCCUAUACAAUUCGAACAUUUGGGGCUCUUACAUUUGCUACAAUAAUGACGACAAGACAGUUGGUGAGCAUAUUACUGUCAUGUGCUUGGUUUUCUCAUCCCCUUAGCUGGAUACAAUGGAUUGGAGCUGCCGUCGUCUUUGGAGCUCUUUACACGAAGAGCUUCUUCAAAAGCAAACGGCGCAAGCCGUGGAAUGGUUUGGAUGCAAAUUCAGCAAGCAAUAAUUCAUGACACUGGAAUCUCAAAUCGUUCUUUUCUAACCAUUGGUGGUUGGUAGACAGGAUUAUCGAUAGAUGGAGGCAGCCUGCAGGAAGAAUUUUGAUAGGAUGAACUAGGUAGCUGGAAAUAGCGGGGAAAGAAGAAAAGAACAAGCUUGCUAACCCAGAUACAUGCGAGGCUUUCAGGUAGAGAAAAUAUAGGAGGAAAAGGUUGUUUACAUGCGAAAUAGGAUUUUUUUUCCCCCUUUGUUACAAGAUAUACAUUUUAUACAUGAAAUUAAAAUUGUUCAAGCGAUCGAACAUCUGUUUUGCGUGAUUCAAUAAUUUAUAGAGUGCUGGGAUGCUUGGAAUUUCGGAGCUA